AUGACCAAAGAAAAGCCCUCGUCUACACGAGUGGCCAAGACGCAGGCUCUCGAUGACCUGAUCAUGGGGACAAACAGCAGCAGCAUUGUGUCCAAGAGAAGUGUUGAACGGCUCUAUUACCCGAAUGAGCUGCACUUCUUUCGAUACUUUGUCAACAAGUUCCAACGGAGAGCUCCUCUCAUAAAUCGUGGAUACUGGCUGAGACUCAGAGCCAUUGAUAGCCGGGUCGAAGAAAGGUGGUCAUUAAUCUCGGGGCAGGAAGAUGUUGACUACCCGGAUCUCAUGCGAAAGAAGCGAGCAAUCGUCCUAGGCACCCCGCAGCUCAGCGAGUUGUUGGGCGAAGAUCCUUACGUCAGUGAAAAAGAGACAGAUCAUCUCCUUCUUCGCAGUGACAAAUACUGCCAGGUGGGAUGUGAUCUUAGGGAAUUGGAGACCCUGCGAAAAUGUCUCGAGUCGUUUCUACCCCUAUUCGAAUGUUCAGUCUUGUUUGUUGCCGAAGUCUCGGUCACUUAUAUGGACACGAUAUCGGCAGACGCUCUUAUCCAAUGGGCAAGCUAUAUAGGACAGGCUGAAUUCUGCCUUUUGGAGCAAAUCCUACCUCAUGGACCGGAUCAUCCCUUUGCCAGCACCAUGUUGAAGCAUUUUAACAAACUCAACACAUCCCUCAAAUCUGUACACCAGUAUCCAACCGUUAAUAGUCAGCGCAGUCGCUUUGAGAAGCGAGGCUGGAACAGUGUUGAUGUCUGGGAUCUGUGGGAGGCUUGGAACAGCGAGGUGUUUCUCAAUUCGUCCGAAAGAGCUGCUCUGGACGAUGUGGAGCCCUUUGAUGAAUGGGAAGAAUUUAUUCUUUUCGCGAGGCACUACAUCGUUCUACAUGCUACAUCUUAUCAUAGGGGCGGGAAGGGUGCUGGGCAACAGAUGCUGGCCUCUCCGCCUGGCAAGCAUGUCAAAGCAAACAUGGUCGCGACAAAAUCUUUGGGCGCACCCAAGCGUCGAUUCGGGUCACCAUUGGUAGCAUCCAGUCCAGAAGGAGGACAAUACCUGGUCCACACCUUGGGUAUGGGAAUCAAUGCGAGACUUGAUUCAUGUGAUAUAUACUCUAUUCAGGAAAGCAGCACCUCUCUCGAAAUGGCACCUGUCGGACCUUCGGCAAGGAUCUGCCAUACGACUACAGACCUGGGUCAGGGAGACCUUCUGCUUGUGGGAGGCCGUGCUUCUCCCUCAAAGGCUUUCAGUGAUUGUUGGGUCUUGAAGAAGAGCUCGAACAGUUGGGAAAAGACAUUUGACCUACCUGUUCCUUUGUUUCGACACUCUACCGUCAAUUUGCCUGGCUCGUCACUUGCUCUGGUGUUGGGCGGCAAGACAGGGCCUUCCGAAAUAUCAUCGGAUUACUUCAUCUUCCAUCCCGUCAGAGGAUGGCUCAAAUGUGCGGUUUCUGGCGUGUCACCCAACUCUACCUUUGGGGCAUUUGCCAUAGCCUCGACUAGCCUUGGAAGCAAGAAUGGACACUUCGAAGGCCUGUUGGCAGGCGGAAUAGAUGGAGAAGGAAAGAUCAACAACCAGGCCUACUUUUGGACUGUUGAUGUUACAACUCACGAGCCAAUCAUCCAUUUUGAAUCUGUCCAAAAUUAUGACCAACACUCAUGGGCCUUGUCCGUCUUCGGUGCCCAAACUGCCAAUAUCGAGUCCUUGAGCUUUGUGUGUGGUGGUGUUGGUCAAGAUCCUUCUUCACAAGGCCAAUCCAUGGCUUGCCUUACCGUAAAGGGUAAAUCACUAGCGGUUCAUCUCGUUGAUUUGGGAGAAAAGGCCGGGCAACUGCCUUUCAUGGUAGGCUCUGCAACUGUUUCAUCCGGUUCUCAACUGGUCAUCGUAGGCGGAGGAGCUACCUGCUUUUCCAUGGGAACAUUCUGGGACACCGGUGUUUACAAGAUUGAUCUUGAAGGUGUCGUAUCUGAGAUGAUUCCCGGCAGAACAAUUCAUAAUAAGCCAGUCGUUGUCGGCUAUCAGAAUUCACCAAAGUUGACACAGCCAACGACAGACGGUGUCUACCCUGGACCCCAAUCCAAUGCCUUUAUUACUGCAAUCCCAAAGAUCAAGUUGCAGUCAAAAUCUGAUUUCGAAAAAUUGGUCCAGAAUCGAAAGCCGGUCAUCAUUGAGGGCCUGGACUUGGGUGGCUGCGUGGAGAAAUGGAACUCGGAAUACGUGAUCCAGAGUGUGGGCGAGACCAAAGAGGUUGUCGUCCACGAAUGCCAGACUUCGACGGGCAAGAUGGACUUCAACUCCAAGAAUUUCCGUUAUGUUACUGAGUCAUUCUCAUCGUUCAUGACUAAAGCCGCCAGAGGAGAAGCGUUGUACUUGCGUGCUCUCUCCGAAGAAAAGCCUACAGAGGCACCGGCAAACCUUGCAGAGGAUUUCCCAGGCUUGGCUGACGACUUUCGGUUGCCGGAAGAACUUGGCUCGGUCAAGGAUCGGAUGUUCAGUUCCGUGCUGAGAAUAUCUGGUCGAGCAAACAUGUGGCUGCACUACGAUGUGAUGGCAAACGUUUAUACGCAGAUCCAAGGCUCAAAGCGGAUGGUUCUUUUCCCACCAACUGACGUUAGCCAUUUAGCAUUUGCACCAGGUGCCUCAAGUUCCAGCCUUGACAUCUUUUCAGCCCUAGAUACGCAUCAACUGGCAUCGACCAACCCCCAUGAAGCAUUCUUGAAUCCGGGUGAUCUUCUGUUCAUCCCAGCUAUGUGGUUCCAUACGGCCAGCCCAGUUACGGAUCUCAGCGUCGCGGUCAACGUUUUCUUCCGGGAUCUUGAAAGUGGUUACUCAACAGGCAGAGAUGUGUAUGGAAACCGGGAUCUGGCUGCGUACGAGAAAGGACGCCAAGACAUUAGCCGGAUUACUAAGAGUUUCGAUCGUUUGCCUUCUGAAAUCCGCCAAUUCUAUCUGAGGAGGCUUGCAGACGAGCUGUUACACGAAUAA